CAUUCAAAAGUUUGGCGGGAAACGUUAACGUCUUGUGACGUUGAACGGAAGUAAACACAUAUAACGUUAACACUUUAAAAGAUGGCUUCGCUGGCAAAUGAAAAUACUCAUGACUACCUGUGUAGCAAUUUGAAAGACCACAAUAUCUCAAACAAUGGUCAGCACUUGUAUGACCACUGUCAUAGGGAGCACAUGCAGCACGACAAACUAUUUAUGGAACAGGAAUUUACAAGCUACGGCAUACAUGAGAAGCAAGCCCACCAACAUGUCAACAUAUCAAACAAAUAUUAUGGAAAAAGUGUAAAAGAAGAUAACAUUAAGAUUAAAGAGAGCGCAAAGUUGCCGGAAGACGACGCCAAUGAAACAGCAGAUAGUCCUGUUAAAACUGGGGACGACGAUGCUGACAUUGAAAUCAUUAUAUUUGUUCAAAAGGGCGAAGAUACUUUGGAGAUCGAAGUUGUAUCCAAAUCAUAUGUACCCACAGAGAAUCAAAUUAUUAUUGCAGCCACAUGUAAUUUUCAAGGUGACACAAAAGUUAAUCAUAGAUACAUUACAAAUGAGUCAGAAAGUAGCCAGAUAACGCAGGAUGUAAAUGUUGCGAAUGCUGAUACAGACAUUUUUACUACACCGAAGAAAUCGACAAAUGUCAGCACAGCAAAACACGUACAUUUUAAAGAGCAGAACGUUCAAUCUAAGCAUAUCAACCUACGAUCUCAUAAGAUGGAAAAGGAAAUAGAGAAGAAAGAACUUCAGUCACUGAAAAGAAUAAAUAAAUGCAAUGAUAAUUGCGGUCAAAAUGGUAGUGAUACUAGCAUUGACAACAAGACUGCUACUAAAAGCUUCAACGAUAGAACGAAAAGGGAAAUCUUGAGUAAAUCCAAAUUCAAAAGCACUACUAGGUCCACCUCACAUGUAAGUUCAUCCGACACUGAUCUGAGGAAACAAAGUGUAGGAAGGCUUAGCAGAAAAGAUAAUAUGAUGAAGCAAUUACCUGGAGACAAGAAAACAAUUUCCAUAUUACGUCGUGACAACGAGAUCGUUAAAGCUGAUGUGAUUGAGUAUGGCGAAUCGAAGGAAUAUCAGAAACGUAACAUAAGAUAUCAAAUCAGAGAUAAUGCCAACAAUCAAAUGAAAAAUAAUGACACUGACGCAAAUAAACAAAAGCAAAUAGUUCAAACUAGCGUCUCUCACACCAAUACUUCGUCAACAGGUAACGAUGCCCGCAUCUCCCGUCGAAGUAAAUCUACAAUUGAUGCGACCGACGCUAAACUAGUCGAGGAUAGGCGAGAAAAAGAGAAACAAAGAAAAAAACUGGUAAGGAAAAAGCAAAGAAGGAACAAACAGAAAACACCGAAAACCGAUAUAGAAAUAUUCCAAAAACAGAUCGAGACGGGACAACUUAGAUCCAUGUUUAGUCGAUAUAAAACAGAAGGACUGAAAUGCUUGCAGUUACAGAAACUUCUACAUAAAGGAACAUUUAGUACCAAAUACACGGCAAUUUUCAAGAACAAGCAAGUUGUAUUAACUGUGUUUGAUUCGGAAAUAGCAGAUCUAAUCAGUGCGUUGGACAUGGCACAUAUGAGCAAUUCUUAUUUUGUUCUAGGAUUUACUGACUGUAUGACUGGCCCAUACGGUAAACUCUGGUUCAUGAGCAUGUUCCAUAGCUUUGGUGACCUCCAAAAAAUAUUGUCACGUGACCAAAGUCGACACGUGAUAGGGGAAUUACACGCACAGUUUAUCAGCGCUGGCGUACUUCUUGGUGUCGACUAUCUCCAUCAGCGCAACAUUGUACAUGGGAACAUCAAACCAUCCAAGGUUUUAAUCAAUGCUCUUGGUUAUCCCGUUCUGACCGGGUUUGUGAAGAUGUCGGACCAGAGUGAUAUUGAGGGUAGUGAAGCUUAUACCCCGGCCUAUGCUGCACCCGAACAUCACCGUGGUAACCGUGGAACUGCUGCAGACAUUUUCAGUGUCGGUUGUGUGGCGUAUGAAAUCAUCACUGGAUGGACACCAUUUGACGGUGAAACGAGAGAACAAACUGUUCAGAAUAUUCACAGAGGAUGCAGACCAAUCUACAAUCCGGAACUUUUCUCUUUCGCGGGAGAAUUCUUCAUUGAUUCCUGUCUGAGGAAAAACCCUAAGGAACGAUUCUGGAUUGGCGUAGAGAGGAGCAAUCUCCUUUAUGAAGAGUGGUUCAGUACAUUAGACUGGAAGGAUUUAAGGAAGCAGACUAUACGUUCACCUGUUCUAAAUGCGCUGAAACUUAUAAACAACCGCGCAAAACUGGAUUGGGAAGAGAAGACUGUUCAGUUCCAAUGGGGUCAGGUGAUGGACGUUAUGUGCCCAUACACACCUAGUCUACUUGAUGAGGACAUCGUUAUCUGAAUCCCGCACAGAGUAGCAUAAUCGUAUAAUAAUCAUGAUUGAAGAAUGAUGACAUUGAUUACAUAAAUUUUCCAUAAACAUUUUAGCAAAUUUUAAAGCCAUUUUCUGAUAUGCAUUUAAUCUUUUAUAGAACCUUUUUUUGUAGAUAAAUGUACAUAUUUUAUCAAUUUAGAUUUAACUUACAUUUUUAGUAUUUUUUUAACGAUCUUUAGGGUUUGAAAGAUUAAAUUAAUUUACUUAUAUACACCAACACAAAUUGUAACUUAUGAGAUUGUGACUUUUCACAAAUUUUGUAAUAAAAAUAAAUACAAUUCUUA